AUGCCAGCAGGAGUAUCUUGGGGUCAAUAUCUAAAAUUUUCUACAUGUGCUCUAUUAUCAAUGUUUGCUGGCUCACAACUAGUACAUAUUUACUAUCGCCCAUUGGAUGAUAUAAAUAAAUAUGUUGAAAAACUGGAACAGGAACAAAAAGUAACCAAAUAGUAUAACAGAUGGUUUUAGACAGUUAUUUAUUCACUUAGAGAUGGUUGUAUUUAUAAGAAAUUGCAAACGUAACAUUGUUACUACUUUCUAAAUAAAUAUUAAUAAUGAUACCAGA